AAGAUCCAACACAAAUCUGUCUCUCCCCAUCUCCCUAUAUCUCUCCACCUCUCUCUCUAUCUCUCUUAUUCUCUCUCUUUCUCAUAUACACAUUCCUUUUUUAGAUAUGGCAUCAGAAGAAGCCAAUGUUGUUGCCAAACACCCCAUAGAACACCUCAUAGAUCAAUCCAAGUACUCGAAACGGGUUCUCAUGAAAACCAUCUUGGGCCGCUCUGAUAGAGGGCUGGGAUUGGUUGGCAAGAGAAUCAUUAUCGGCGGAUGGGUCAAGUUGUCAAAAGAGAGAGGAGGGAAUAUUCCUCCAGGGGCAACUGGACGGUCCACCGUGACAAUGGCAGAAGAUGUGACUUGUUGGGAAAUCAUAGAGUCCCGGAUUCCACAUUUCUUGCGGUCGAUUGUAAGGGUAUUCAUCGGAGAUAGGGGCCGCCCACAUGGAAAGCCAACGGAUAUCAACAUUCCAGCGAAAAAUUUGCCCACUGUUGCUUAUUUGCUAUUGAAUGAUGGUUCCUGCAUUUCAAGCCUUCAGGUGGUGGUGCAUUCAUCUGAAGCUCCGAUCAGCAAAAUUAGCCCGAUCGGGACUUGUAUUUUAGCAGAAGGUGUGCUGAAGCGGCCAUCUGUAGCGGGAAAACAAGUUAUAGAGCUCGAAGUGGAGAAAAUCCUCCAUGUUGGGACUGUUGAUCUCGCAAAGUACCCGUUGGCAAAGCGAAGAUUACCUUUGGAAAUUCUAAGGAGUUAUCCACACCUUCGUCCCAGAACAACUGCAGUGGCAUCUGUUACUCGAAUCCGCAAUGCCUUGACUCAUGGAACUCAUACAUUCUUCCAAAACAAUGGGUUCCUUCAUGUGCAUAUGCCUGUUAUCACUUCAACCGACUUGACGGAUAGAAGCGAUACGUUUCAGGCUACAACUCUUUUCAACAAAGCAGAGAAGAUAGAGGACUCAAAUGUUAUGAAUGAUCAUGGCGCAAUCAACAUUGAAGUUGUUAGAGCAGCAAUAAAGGAGAAAAGCAACAGAGUCCAGGAGCUGCAGAGGAGCAAUAGUGACAAGGAAGCACUGCUGGCUGCCCUCUGGGAUCUACAAAAAACCAACGAGCUAGCGUUGCAGAUGGAAGCACGAGAAAAAUCAAGCCCCAGAACUUCUUUCCAGGUCGGAAAGGUGGACUUCUCUGAAGAUUUCUUCUCUCGCCAAGUGUACUUAACAGCUUCCUCUCAGCUUCACCUCGAGUGCUACGCAUGCGCCCUUGGUAGCGUUUACACAUUUGGGCUGACUUUCCGAGCUGAAAAGUCUCAUUCCUCAAAGCAUUUGGCGGAGUCAUGGAUGGUCGAGAUUGACAUGGUCUUUGCAGAUUUGGAGGACCUCAUGAACUGCGCGGAAGACUACUUGAAGUUCCUCUGUCAACAGAUUUUAGAAAAUUGUUCAGAUGAUUUGCAACUCGACUCAAAGAGAAUAGACAAGGCCAGCAUUGAUUGCCUUGGAUCCAUCACAUCAAGCUCAUUCGAGCGGAUCACCUACACAAAAGCAGUCGAGCUUUUGAAUGAGGUCACAGAUAAGGAAUUCCAAACAAAAGCCAAAUGGGGUAUCAAUCUAGCUGAAGAACAUGAGAGAUAUUUGGCUGAUGAGUCCUACAAAAAGCCGGUCAUUAUAUAUGAUCAUCCAAAGGAAGUUAGGCCAUUUUACGCGCGCCUUAAUGACGAUGGGACAACAGUCGCUACUAUGGACAUUGUCGUCCCAAAAGUUGGGACCUUGAUCAGAGGAAGCCAAAGGGAAGAACGUCUCGAUGUGAUCAGUAGACGGAUUGUCGAAUGUGGUUUGAAGCAAGAUCAGUACGAAUGGUACUUAGAUCUUCGAAGACAUGGGAGCGCAGGAAAUUCUGGAUUCAGCUUCGGAUUCGAUCACAUGGUCAUGUUCACGGCCGGCCUUCAUGACAUUCGAGACGCCAUUCCUUUCCCCAGAACCAGUGGCCAGCUAAUCUGCUAAACUUCAAAAAAACAGGUGAUUCUUGGCCAUUGGAUUAGACCCCAGGAAUGUGUAUUAGCUUCCUGGUUAUGAUGACACGAUUAUGGUGUUGACCCACUAAUUGCAAGUGCUGGAAACGUGUUGUUAUCUGUUUUAUUUCAUGUAAGCUUCUUUUGUAUUCAAUGAAUGAAAUGAAAGAUAAAAAAUGCUAUUCUUUUAAAUUGUAAUAAGUGGCCAAACGUGCAUGCAUACCCGUAUAUGUAUAUUUGUUUAAGAGCUAAGACGUGUAAAUAUUCUAA